AUGUCCAGAGGCGGCGGACGCGGUGGUGGUCGCGGUGGCCGUGGAGGAGGUCGCGGCGGCCGACCGAACGUGCCGUGGGACACUGGCGAUGAGCCCGAUGCGCGGCCGUCCGAGCUGUUCCCGCCUUAUGCGGUACCUGCGCCCCGAGGCCUGACGACGGCCGAGACGACCAGCGUCCACUACAUGCUCCUCCUGCGACGCCAGAUGCACUCGUCGCCGCUCUACACGUCCAAGCGCACGGCGCUGACCGACCCGACCGCCCCGCGCAAGGCGUACGGCCAGGCUCAGAUGAACGCCGUCUACGGCGUCAAGAACAAGGCCUCGCUCGACCCCUUCACCUCCAUGCCGACCUACUCGGAGAAGUUCGUGCGCGAGGAGCGCGCCCUGCCCGACUGGUCCGGCCGGCCCGUCUGCCGCGAGCUCUUCCCGCAGGAGCUGCUGGAGACGGUCGACGGUGGCGGCGGCGGCGGCGCGGACGGCCCGCGCAAGAAGCGCAAGCUAGAGCUGUCGCGCGUCAGCGCCAUGCCCAACGCCGAGGAGGCCUUUGGCAUGACCUCCCUCGCGGGCCACGGCGGCGCCGGCGACGGGGAGGAGGACGCGGCGAACGGCCGGACCCUCUUGGAUAGGCUCGAGGCGCUUCGCGACGACGGUGACGAGGAUGCCGAGGGCGACGAGGAGGAGGCGCGCGAGGAGGAUGAGGAGGAUGAGAUUUACGACGAUGAGGAUGCUGGAGACUACGACGCAGAGCAGUUCUUUGACAACGGCGAGGACUUUGGCGACGAAUACGGAGACGGCGAUGAUGGAGGAGGGGAGGGUACCUACUGA